UUUCCUUCUUUGUAUUGACUUGACUGUCGCAACGCCUGCGCAAAAAAAGAGGUCAUCGCAUCGCAAAAUAUGGCGGAAUCUGUUGUGUGCAGUGUGUUGGUGAUUUGUGAUUUGAAGCAAAUUGCCCUUUAUAGGGCUUAGAUUAAUAACACAAUGUUUGUGUUGUUGGUGUUAUAGUGUAUUUGAACGUAAAUCAAACAGACACUGUUGGAAAUCUUCAGAAUUUGUGAGACAUCAAGAUUUUCUUUUUUGACAGUUUGGAAAUUCGUACAGUAUGUCAUCCUCAACUUCUACUACUAGCACCACGUUAUCUUCAGUAGCUAGUUUAGUGACAAAUUCUGCAGGAGCCGAUCAUGUCCAUUCGGCACCUUCAGAACCUAUCUUUCUUCAGACUAAAUUAGCUCAGGGCAUUGCCGGAGUAUUUGUAUGGGCUGCUCUGUUGGUUACUUGUACACAAAUUUAUCAGCAUUUGCGAUGGUACACUAAUCCAACGGAACAGCGAUGGAUAGUGAGAAUAUUAUUUAUAGUACCUAUCUACGCGACGUAUUCAUGGAUCAGUCUUUUGUUCUUCAACUCGGAGAGCUAUUACGUCUACUUUUUCACCGUGAGAGACUGUUACGAAGCUUUCGUAAUAUACAAUUUCCUGUCGCUUUGCUAUGAAUACUUGGGAGGUGAAGGCAACAUCAUGUCGGAAAUUCGGGGCAAGCCUAUUCGCUCCAGUUGCCUUUACGGAACCUGUUGUUUGAACGGCAAAACAUACACGAUCGGUUUUCUCCGAUUUUGCAAACAAGCCACUCUGCAAUUUUGCUUAGUAAAACCAGUAAUGGCUUUCGUUAUAAUAAUCCUACAAGGCAUGGGACAUUAUCGCGAUGGCGAUUGGAGUCCAGACGGCGGUUAUAUUUACAUUACGAUAAUCUACAACAUUUCCGUGUCUCUUGCCCUCUACGGACUGUUUUUGUUUUAUUUUGCCACUAGAGACCUUCUCACGCCGUUUGAGCCCGUUCUGAAGUUUUGUACAGUCAAGUCUGUGAUUUUCUUGUCGUUUUGGCAAGGGGUUGGUUUAGCCAUUUUGGAAAAAGCCAAUGUGAUCUCUCCGAUUAUUGAUAGUAACGGUACUCGGACGUCAGCCGGUACUGUUUCAGCCGGUUAUCAGAAUUUCUUGAUCUGCAUUGAAAUGUUUUGUGCGGCUGUUGCUUUAAGGUACGCUUUUCCCUAUCGGGUGUAUGCCCAAGGAUGCGUUACUGAUUCGCGUGGUCGAUCAGUCACGAUGCAAAGUAUUUCCAGUAGCCUAAAAGAAACAAUGAAUCCCAAGGACAUUAUGACCGAUGCCAUUCAUAAUUUCCAUCCACAGUAUCAACAAUACACACAGUAUAGCUCAGGGGGAAAAAGUGGUCGUGGUAUGAGGUUAUCUACUUACGACCCAGACGAUCCCAUGAGUCCUAGUGGAGGAACGGUGCCUCAGUGCUACAACAGUUUAGAUAACCCCUCGAGACCACCCAUAACGGCAGGACCGCGCGUUUCCACAAUAUCGCAAAAUUACACCGAAAAAACGAUGUUGUUGAGUUCGGACGAAGACAAUUGAGGAUUUGUUUAGUCAAUUUCUAGCGAAUUUCUUUUUAUUUUUAUGUAUUACAAAGAAAGUAUUUUUCUAUAAUAGAUUAGCUAUUAUGACCAUUCCUUUAACGUCAUGAGAUGUUCUUGUUAUUACAUGUACUUAACUUAUAUUGCAUAUAAUCGAAGUAAUCAUACGUGUGAUAAGCAUUUUCUCCAUUCCACAGGUGUCUCUCUAUUGUCAGUUCCCAACAAAAUACAGUGAAACCCAUUUGCUAAUUUCAUUGUUUAUGUGGAAACUGAACUAAAUGUAAUUGUUGCGUUUUGGCUGUGACGCAGACGUGUUAUCUAAAGGCCGGCUUCAAGUUAUUUUAAAUCAAUUAAAAAUCAUCUAUUUGAAAACAACUAAGAGACAAAACAAGAAAAUUUUCUACAGAAAAGUAGAUUCGAAUUAGGGUCAUCCUGGACCGAUCUGCUGAAACUUAGUUGAUCAAAUACAGGGUGUAACGAAAAGAUGGUAUGAUGAUAAACCUUAGAUUCCCCAGAAAUUAAAACUUAUUUUGCGUUUUCUAAGAAACAAGGGAUUUUGUAAGGUGUUUUUUUAUGCUUUGAUUUUGAAUGAUUUUCAAAGUUUUCCUCCAAAGUGCCCAAUUUUUGUAGUCCAUAGAUUUUUAAAUAUUUUUGGGGCACACAAACGGCCGUAAAUCACUGCGGAAAAUGGCUAAAAUUUAAUUUUUUUUAGUCCUUUUAAUCAUGGUUUUGAACAUAUUUUUUUAGGCAACCCAUUGAAGAAAAAUCAAAAGCUGAAUGUUUCUUCUCUCAAAACCAAAGUCUUUAUGUAUACUAUUUUUAUUUGGUUACCUUUUUAUUGUUUUAUUGAAAUUGUUAAAUGUUUAUUUAUGAAUAAAAAUAUACUGUUGUA